GCUGUUGAGCCGUCAAGAUUUUACUCCGUCAAUCUCCAAUCGUUAAAUCCUCCGAUGCCCUAAAAAUCCUUCCUCAUCAAACCAAGAUUCACAGACCCUUACUUUCUUUCUCUUCGCUUUUAAUUUUCCCCCAAAUUAUUUACAUAAUUUAUUUCUAAUUUCAUAAAUUUUACCGGAUCUGAACUAAACCAGUCUUUCAAACCCUAAAAAGUUACCCAAAACCCAACUGAUUGUUUCUUGAGUUGGGUUCUUUUGGUCAAGAUCGAAAACGAUUUUCUUGUUCUUGCUCUUCUUUUACAACUGAAUUAUUGAUGUAAUGCCCUGAAUCUUGAGGAAGUAAUGGCCUCUAAAGGUCCAAGGUCUAAGCUUGAUCAUGAGUCAAGGGCGAAGCGGCAAAAGGCACUUGAAGCACCUAAAGAGCCGCAACGCCCUAGAACACAUUGGGACCAUCUUAUAGAAGAGAUGGUAUGGUUAUCAAAGGACUUUGAGUCAGAGAGAAAAUGGAAACUGGCUCUUGCAAAGAAGAUUGCCAUACGGGCCAGCAAAGGUAUGGUGGAUCAGGCCACAAGAGGCGAAAGAAAAGUGAAGGAAGAAGAGCUCCGGAUGAAAAAAGUUGCGCUAAAUAUCUCGAAGGACGUGAAGAAAUUUUGGACAAAAAUUGAGAAACUGGUGCUAUACAAGCAUCGCUUAGAGCUUGAUCAAAAGAAGAAAAAAGCACUUGAUAAGCAGCUUGAAUUUCUUCUAGGGCAAACCGAAAGGUAUUCGACAAUGCUGGCGGAAAAUCUCGUUGAUUCAUCUUCUAAACAACAUGUACCUGCAUCCUCGGUACAGGAACUACCAGCCGUUGAAUGUAAAGAUCAAACGGAUGCCAAUGGGUGUACGGAUCCAAAUGUUGAGUCCCGGUCGAAUAAUUUAGAGACUGAUGAAGACUACAAAUCCGAAAACGAACCCGAAGACGAUGAGCAUACAAUUGAGGAAGAUGAAGCGUUAAUCACCGAAGAUGAAAGGCGAGAGGAAUUAGCCGCUCUGCAAAAUGAAGCGGAUUUACCUAUUGAGGAGUUGCUUAAACGUUAUGCUGUUGGUGAAGCUAGUACAGAUAACACUUCAGAAAAGACCGCAGAUGUAGCUGAACCAAACCAGGCCCACGAGGAUGUUUCUCAGUGUAACGGAAACGAAGCUUCUGACGAUAGAUCAAGGAAAGAGAGUCAUCAUCAUGCUGAAAGUAACGGCGGUUUAUCACCAGUUUCUCAAAAACACCAUUUGGAAAUCAAGGAACAUUACGUUAGAAAAAGAAAACGUCUUCAACAGGAGCAAAAAAAAUAUUUGGAGUUAGACCUUAAUGAUGAAAACGAGGAUGGCGAUUAUAUACUUACGAAUGGAGAUGAUAAGGAUGAUGAAACGACCAUGUUGGAGGAAGAAGAACUAGCCAAGGCCGAAUCUGAUGAUUCAAUAGACGAGAUUGCGUUGUUGCAAAAGGAGAGUGAAAUUCCAAUAGAGGAUUUGCUUGCAAGGUAUAGACAGGAUCCAGACGUUAACGAUUCAGAGUCCGAAUCUGAACGUUCGUCUAAUUCUUCAAGACAAAAAGAGACCGAAGUGGAUGUUCAUCAAGAAAAAGAAGACGAACAAGAUCAAAUGGUUGAUGAGGAUGUGGAUAACGAAGACAGAAUUGCUGACGCAGCAGCCGCUGCCAGGUCAGCACAGCCAACAGGAAACACCUUUUUAACAACGAAAGUCCGAACAAAACACCCUUUUUUACUCAAGUUCUCUCUUCGUGAAUAUCAACACAUCGGGUUAGAUUGGCUUGUGACAAUGUAUGAAAAACGACUAAACGGGAUUCUCGCAGACGAAAUGGGUCUCGGGAAAACAAUCAUGACGAUCGCAUUACUUGCACAUCUAGCAUGUGAAAAGGGGAUAUGGGGCCCACAUCUCAUUGUUGUACCGACAAGUGUCAUGCUCAAUUGGGAAACCGAGUUUCUAAAAUGGUGUCCCGCGUUUAAAAUCCUGACGUAUUUCGGAAGCGCGAAAGAACGGAAACAUAAACGACAAGGAUGGAUGAAACAGAAUUCGUUUCAUGUUUGCAUUACGACGUACCGACUCGUGAUUCAAGAUUCGAAAAUUUUUAAACGAAAAAAAUGGAAGUAUUUGAUUUUGGACGAAGCCCAUCUUAUAAAAAACUGGAAAUCGCAAAGGUGGCAAACGCUGUUAAAUUUUAACGCAAAAAGACGUAUUCUUUUAACCGGUACGCCUCUUCAGAACGAUUUAAUGGAAUUAUGGUCGUUAAUGCAUUUCUUAAUGCCGCACAUUUUUCAAUCUCAUCAAGAGUUUAAAGAUUGGUUUAGUAAUCCGAUAUCCGGUAUGGUCGAAGGUCAAGAAAAAGUCAACAAAGAAGUCGUUGACCGGUUGCAUAACGUUCUUCGUCCGUUUAUACUUCGAAGACUAAAACGGGAUGUCGAGAAACAGUUACCCGGUAAACAUGAGCAUGUUAUUUACUGUCGACUGUCGAGGAGACAACGAAAUCUUUAUGAAGAUUUUAUCGCGAGCUCGGAAACACAAGCUACGCUCGCAAGUUCCAAUUUUUUCGGUAUGAUUAGCGUUAUCAUGCAACUUAGAAAAGUUUGCAAUCAUCCGGAUCUUUUUGAAGGGCGUCCGAUUAUUAGUUCGUUUGAUAUGAACGGGAUUGAAAUGCAGUUCAGUUCUUCCGUUUGCUCGGUUCUUAAUGUGGGUCCGUUUUCGACAGUUGAUCUUUGCGGGUUAGGGUUUGUAUUCACUCAUCAUGAUUUUCACAUGACAUCUUGGGAGAGUGAUGACGUACAAGCUAUCGAAACACCGUGGAGAUUAAUCGAAAAACGUGUAGAAGAAGUCGGAAGCGAAGUCAAAUUCGGGAAAAAGUCAAACGGAUUUAAUAUCUUUGAAGAAAUACAAAAGGCGCUUCACGAAGAGCGAGUUAAAGAAAUGAAAGAACGGGCUGAAUCAAUUGCGUGGUGGAAUUCGUUACGGUGCAAGAAAAAGCCGGUUUAUUCAACGAGCUUACGCAAUCUCGUCUCGUUUCAAAGGCCGGUUUUGAAUUCGUUGAAGUUUUCGGAGCUUGUUUUGUCUCCGGUUGACCGGUUUGAGAAGAUGGUUGACCAAGUCGAGAGUUUCAUGUUUGCGAUUCCGGCAGCACGGGCCCCGCAGCCUAUCGGAUGGUGCAGCAAAUCAACGACUUCAGUGUUUGUUGACCAAACGUACAAGUCAACAUGUUCGAACUUAUUGUCACCGCUAUUAACGCCUAUUCGACCCGCUAUUGUAAGAAGACAAGUGUAUUUUCCCGAUAGGCGGUUGAUACAGUUUGAUUGCGGAAAGCUACAAGAGCUUGCGGUCCUGCUUAGAAGACUAAAAUCUGAAGGCCAUCGAGCGUUAAUUUUCACUCAAAUGACGAAAAUGCUCGAUGUUCUGGAAGCGUUUAUAAAUAUAUACGGAUACACGUACAUGCGGUUAGAUGGGUCGACCCAGCCUGAAGAGAGGCAAACGUUAAUGCAACGGUUCAAUACGAACCCGAAGUAUUUUCUUUUCAUUUUGUCUACACGUAGUGGCGGUGUUGGUAUUAAUCUUGUAGGUGCGGAUACCGUUAUAUUUUACGAUAGUGAUUGGAACCCCGCGAUGGACCAACAAGCGCAAGAUCGGUGUCAUAGAAUCGGGCAAACACGCGAAGUACAUAUUUACCGUUUAAUUAGCGAAAGCACGAUUGAAGAAAAUAUUUUAAAAAAGGCGAAACAGAAACGCGCUCUCGAUGAUUUGGUUAUUCAGAGCGGGGAGUAUAAUACCGAGUUCUUUAAGAAACUUGAUCCAAUGGAAUUGUUUUCCGGUAGUAUGCAGAAAGAUAAAGGUUCGAGUUUGACCAACGGGGUUGAAGUCAACCCAUCGGUGUCGAAUGCUGACGUGGAGGCUGCGUUGAAGCACGCGGAAGACGAAGCCGACUACAUGGCGUUAAAAAAAGUCGAACAAGAAGAGGCGGUUGAUAACCAAGAGUUUACGGAAGAUACCGUUGUGAAACCUGAAGACGAUGAGCUUUUGAACGAAGAAGACGGUACGAUACCCGUGGAAGAAAACCCACAAACACCAAAAUGGGUCGACCCGAAUGAAGAAAAGGGUGUUGAUUUGGUUAGGGUGGACGAUGAUGAUGUGGACAUGAUGGAUGAUGUGAAACAAAUGGGUGCGGUCUCGGGAAAUGAGAUACUGUCGUUUGAGAAUCAACUUCGGCCGAUUGAUCGGUAUGCGGUACGGUUUCUUGAGAUGUGGGAUCCGAUUGUUGAUAAUAAGUUGUUGGAGACGCAAGAUCGGUUUGAACAAACUGAAUGGGAAUUGGAUCAUAUCGAGAAAUUAAAAGAGGAUAUGGAAGCAGAAGGUGACGACGAUGAUGAGCCGAUAGUCUAUGAAAGAUGGGAUUCGGACUUUGCAACGAAGGUAUACCAAGAACAAGUAAAAGCAUUGGCGGAAAUUCAGUUGAUGGAAGAACGCGAAAUGGAAGCUAGAGAGAAGGAGAAGAAGGAGCUUGCAGAGCUUGAGGCAAUGAAGAACGAAACGGUUGUCAAGAAACCGAAGUCAAAGAAAAAAGCAAAGAAAACAAAGUUCAAAUCGCUAAAAAAGGAAGCGUUAUCUUCCGAAACAAGGACCGCAAACAUUGAGUCAUCAAAUGUGAUCGAUGAUGACGACGACGACGACGAUCUCUAUGAAGAAUUAAUCUUCGUGAAGAAACGCAAAAAACCAGUAGAGGCCAUCGAAGUCAAGGUCUCCAAGAAAUCCAAAAAAGUCAAAAAGAUUCCCGAACCGAGCCCGUUAGAUUUGGAUUCAAAUUCCGUACCCAGCCCAUUAGACGAACCACUUAAAGAUUUGAAAUUAAGUGGAAGUAAUAACGAUAACCGUGAAGUCGAUCAUAAGCCGAUAAUCAACAGAAGCAAAACGGGACUCAAAAUAUCGAUCACGUCAAUGCCGGUAAAACGGGUAAUGACUAUACGACUCGAGAAGUUAAAAAAGGGAAGCAUUUGGCCGAACGAUUGUUUUCCCGUACCGGAUUCGUGGUUACCGUCAGAAGACUCUGUUCUUUGUGCGAUUGUACAUGAAUAUGGCGUAAAUUGGAGUUUGGCGAGUGACGUUUUGUAUGGAAUGACAGCUGGCGGGUUUUAUCGGGGAAUCGUUCGACAUCCGGUUCAUUGUUGCGAGAGGUAUCGGGAACUUGUUCAGAAGCACGUUUUGUCUACUUUUGAUAAUAAUAUUCAUAACGAAAAAUCAAGCGGCAAAGCUCUUCUCAGAGUCUCCGAGGAGCACGCCAAAAUGUUGUUGGAUAUCGUGUCGGAACUGCCCGAUCAAGCGUACACUCUUCAACAGCAUUUCUGUCAUCUACUUGCAUCCGUGUGGCGGUCAACCACUCGUUAUAGUCAACGGAAAAACUUGUUGACUUUAAGAAGUCAAAUAUUUCACAAUAUGGGUUUAAACCAAACUUCUCGAGACCCGACAAGACCACAAUCACAAAAAAUGGAUUGUACUAACGUAAGCCCGAUGAGUAGAUUAGUAGCCGAUGCACUUGACGGUUCUCAAAAUAUACAAAAAGAGGAUCGAGUUGUUUCAAGUGUCGGUGAAACACAUAAUUCUCGAAGUGUUGACGCGCUGGCGGUUACUUUAGAGUUUCAUCCGGGCCGGGCUUAUGAUCAAAGUGUUCCGUUGCCGCCUGUCGUAUCUGUGUUGCUACAUGAUGCGGAAUCGGUGCCGUCUGAACACGUGCCAGGUGGCGGGAGUAAUCAUUUUCGGUCAUCUAAGGAUAUUGUUGAAUGCCGUUUCAGGGAUGCAUCAAGAAUUGCGGUUGCGAACAGUUUAGCCUUACCGCCAUCAGCAUUCCCGAUAAUCGACGUGAAAUCCCGACAGCCGACGAAAUCUCACGUGUCGGGAAAACACAAGCUGUCAAAUAGCGAAACACCAUCAAAGCAUUCUAAAUCCAAAUCAAGAAAACCCGUUGUGGAUUUAAACGACCCGAAUCUGCAAUCGCCAUCGACAAUUCCGAGUGAUUUAUCUUCAAGAUUUGAAAUAGAAGCUUCCGUUCAAGAUGUCGGAUUUGAUAAUUUCUUCAUGUUGGAUACGGGCCACGAGGGUUUUGACAUGGUGCCUCAUAAUUAUGACAUGGGCUUCUUGUCGGGCCUUGAAGAUUGUUUGGAGUUUAGUGACAUCGGGUAGGAUUGAAUUCAAGUGGUGAUUGGUUGGAUUGAAUCGGGCUGGUGCAUUUUGAUGGUGAUCUUAACGGGCUGGCGUUUUUGCGAUUUAAGAAUUAAAAAAAAAACAAAGAAAUGACUAACUUGGUGUAUCUGGAAUGAUGGUGGUGAUUAGGAGGUGAAAGAUUGGGGGGGGGGGGGUGUCCAGAUACGCGAUUGAUUCUUGAAAGGUACGGCGACAUUUUGCACAUAGAAUGUAACAUUGUAUAGCAUGAGGUCCUUCAACUUUGUUGCUUUUUCUUGUUGGUUAGUGGGAAAUCGCGCUUUUAGUUUUUCGGCUGAAGAUGAUUUAUUGUUUAGGCACGAUCCCUUCAUAGCGUAGGAGUUUAGAAACAGAAAAUUAGUCUUUUAAUGAAUGAAAAAGCAAUUCACUCUCUCAAA